AUGUUCCCUACUGAUGGCUCCAAAGAUGCUCACGGCACCGAGCUUCAAAUAGGCACCAACUGCCUCGGUCAUUGCUUGCUGUAUCGGUUGCUACAACCAAUUCUCUCAAAGACAGCUGCCAUUUCGCCGAAAGGAAGCGUUCGCGUCGCCUGGGCUGGUUCAUCGGCAAUAGAUCUUUUAUCACCCAAGCCUGAUGGUAUGGAGCUAGACGAAGAAGGCCGACCAAAGGACAAAGGGGUGCAGCUCAACUAUGGGCAGAGCAAAGUCGGAAACUUAUUCCUGGCACGCAAUUUUGCCAAGACGACACCGGAAAAUGGUGUCGUGCAUGUGUGUUUCAAUCCAGGCAAUCUGAAAACGGAGUUGCAGAGGCAUUGGCGAGGACUCGGGGCAACACUGACAGACAUGUUAAUUCUGCGACCAGCCAUCAAUGGCGCUUAUACUGAGCUCUGGACCGCCCUUUCACCAGAUUUGACUGAGAAGAAUAGUGGUGCUUAUGUCGUACCUUGGGGCAGGAUUGGUGGGUUUCGGUAUGGCAUCGAUAAGGCUUUGAAGUCACCCGCGGAGGGUGGGACUGGUGUUGCGGACCGUUUCUUUGAGUGGUGUGAACAGCAGACGGAGCGAUAUGUCUGA